AUGUCUCAAUCAAUUCCGAUCGUAGUUUCUUUUGUUUCAUUUUCAAAUUGUUUCGUUAAUUUACCACCUUCGUUUUCUUCAUACCUUUAUGAUCAAAAACAGUUACUCCCCCAAAAUGUUAUUUUAGAAUUAUCAUGGAAUAAUUCUAAUAAUAAAAUAUAUGUUGGAUGGUCAGGAAAUUCUACAAACAAUCAAUACUCAACAGAAACUAUUGAAAUUGAUACACAAUUUGGAAAGGCUAAUGGAUUACAUGAGGGUCAAAAGAUAUCAAUGAAAUUUUGUGAAAUGGGACCUGAAGCGAUAACAGUAAAUGUUGAACCAUGUAGUGUUGAUGAUUGGGAAAUUAUUGUAGCUGAUUACAUAGAAAAUAUCUUUAAUCAACAAUUACGAGUUGUUUUUCCUAAUGAAAAAGUUGUUCUCUGGGUAAAUUCAAAUUUAAUACAAUUCAAAAUAGUGGAAAUAUAUCCCAAGAGUGAUUUUGCAAGAUUAGGUUCAAAUGUAGAAAUAAUUGUUUCACCUAAACCAAGAAAGAGUUUAAAUGAAGAUCUCAAACAUUCCGAAACUAAAGAUAUAACAUCUACUGGUGUAAUUAAUUCCCAUGUUGUAUAUUGUUUACGGUUAUUACCUGCAGAAAUUCUUUCAAACGAUUUAUUAUUACAAUCAAAAAAUAAUAAUAAUUUUUGUUCAGUAUAUGUUCAUCCUAAAGAUUUUCAAUUUAUUGGAUUAUCAUCAAAUUUGAAAGUUGCCAAAAUAUCUAAAGUUCCAGCUCCUCAUAAUAACAAAGAUCCUGAAGAAAAAACUGAAAAUGGCGAAAAAAUUAAUAUGUCAGAUUCAUUAUAUGUUAAAGUUUUAGAGAAUCCUAAUGUAGUAAUUGGACAUGUUGUAAUGUCAGAAUCAAUAAUGGAUUCUAUUGAUGCAGAGAAAUUUGACAUUAUUCGAUUUAUUCCUUUACAAUCCGAACCUUCUCAAGUGUCUAAUAUAAGAAUUCAUUUUAUCUCAAGACAUUCAAGUUCAACAGCUGUACCAGAGAAAAUUUCAUUUCCCGAAGCAUUAAUGAAAUCUUUCGAAGAAUCAACAAAAAUAGUUUUGACAAAUGGAAUGAAAUUAUUUUUAUCACCAGUACGUGACGAAAUGAAUGUCUUAAUAUCUUUUGAUACCAAAGAUAUCUCAAAUGUGCAUGACGUUCGUCACGGUAUAAUUGAUUCAAUAGACGCAUAUACGAUAUUGACAAAGAAUCAAUUAUUGGAUAUUAAAAUUGAAAUUGGUGAAAACGUUUCAAUACCUGAUCAUAAACUUUUGAAACAUUCUGGACAUUUACCACAACUUGCUGGAGUUGAUAAAUUAAUUCAAAGACUACAAGAUUAUUUAAUUUAUUGUCUUGGAAAAGUUUCUAUACGAGAUUCAUUAAAUGUUCCAGGCUUAGGAGGGUUAUUAUUAUGUGGAGGACGUGGAUCUGGUAAAACUUGUAUAGCGAAAACUGUUGCAUCUAAUUUACAAUAUAAUUUAGACACUUUAGCCUAUUGUUCAGUUAUCAAAUGUAUUGAAUUAUCAGAAGAUCGAAUUUCUUCUGUUAGGGAUAAAUUACAACAAUAUUUUGAUGAUGCAGCUUGGCAUACUCCAAGUAUAUUAUUGUUUGAUGAUCUUGAUAAACUUAUUCCAGCAGAAGUUGAACAUGUGGAUUCUUUCAGAUUUCGACAAUUGGCAGAAUGUUUCUUUCACGUUGCAUCUAAAAUGCUUAAAAAGCAUCGUAUUACCAUUUUAGCUACAGCACAACAAUCAUCUUCAAUUCAUUCAUUUCUUACUACAAGUCAUUUGUUUAGUGAAAUUGCUCAAUUAAAUCCUCCCACUAAAACAGAGAGAUGUGAAAUAUUGAAAGCAAUUAUGUCAUCAGGCCCUGAAUUAGUUAAAAAAAGUAUUUCAAAUAUUGAUUUACUUUCAGUUGCAAGUGAAUGUGAAGGUUAUUUAGCAGCUGAUCUUAAAGCAUUGGUUGAACGUGCUAUACAUGAAAGUGCAUCCAGGCACUUGAUUGAAAAUAAAGAUGAAUCGAAAUUCUCAUUUAAACAAGAAGAUUUUAUUAAAGCUCAAAAAGAUUUCAUACCUUUUUCAUUAAGGGGAGUGAAAUUACAUACUUCGGAUGUUAAUUGGUCUGAUAUUGGAGGUCUUGAAGAAACCAGAAAAAUUUUAAUGGAAACUUUAGAAUGGCCUAUUAAAUAUGCACCUAUUUUUGCCAAUUGUCCUCUCAGAUUACGAUCAGGACUUCUUUUAUAUGGUUUUCCCGGUUGUGGAAAGACAUUACUUGCAUCUGCAGUUGCAAAAGAAUGUGGAUUAAACUUUAUUAGUGUUAAAGGUCCUGAACUUUUAAAUAAAUAUAUUGGUGCUAGCGAAGCAUCGAUACGAGAUCUUUUUGAACGUGCACAAGCUGCUAAACCUUGUGUUUUAUUUUUUGACGAAUUUGAUUCGAUCGCACCCAAAAGUACAGGUGUAACUGAUAGAGUAGUUAAUCAAAUGUUAACUCAAAUGGAUGGUGCUGAAGGUUUAGAUGGAGUAUACGUUCUUGCUGCUACAAGUCGCCCAGAUCUUAUAGAUCCUGCAUUAUUAAGACCUGGACGAUAUUCAGGAGCUGAUUUACAAGCAUUAUUAUAUAAUGCUCAUUUGGAAGCAAUUCAUGCAGAAAUUGAUGAUAGAAAAACUUUAGAAAAAAAUCUCACACUUAUAAAACAAGGAUUUUCUUCAAAGAAAACUAUCAAAGAUGAAAAAGAGGAGAAAAGUUCAAUACAGAAUAAGAAGGUUAUUAUAACUGAUGUUCAUAUGCAAAAAUCUUUAAAAAUUACUCAUCCUUCAACAACGCCUCAAGAAUAUUCAAGAUUGGCUGAAAUAUAUAAAGAAUUUAUUACUGGAAGAAAUGGAGAAAUGCCUAGUGGAAUAUCAAGUCAUGAAAUUGGUCAAAGAUCUACUCUUUAUUCAAAAGAGCUUGAGGAAACAUUAAAACCAAUAGAUCUUACACGCUUUGAAGAAUUCGAUGUGCUUUGUGCAAAAAAUUGUUGA